CGCAUAUCUCUAUUCUAUCUAUUUCCAGCCUUAUCAAACAGUCCAACUCAAAUCAACUCUCGUUAAGUUCAUCGCAACCAUGGCACCUCACUACAUGGUCCUCGACCAACGGGCCAUCGACCACCAUAUAAUGAAGCGCGAUCUGAGUGUUACACACGCCCAGGCAGUAACGUUAGGAGUGAUGGCAGCGUAUGUGGUUGUUAUUGCGCUGCUUUGGAAUUUGCCGUAUGUGCGGUGGUCGUUGUGGCCGUUCAAAAUGCUAGUAAUCGCCUUCCACGAAUUCGGCCACGCCAUAACAGCCUGCUGCACAGGCGGGCGCGUGAAAUCCAUCUCGCUCGACCCGCACGAAGGCGGCGUCACGCACAUGCAAGGAGGAAUGAGCGCCGUGACAUUACCUGCUGGAUACCUGGGGUCGUCGAUUAUCGGGUCGCUGUUGAUUUUCGCGGGCUUUGAUAUCGUCGCGAGUAAAGUCGCUAGUAUUGUUCUGGGAGUGUGCUUUUUGCUCACGCUUUGGUGGGCGCGCAGGGAUUGGUUGACUAUCAUUACGAUUUUGUUGGCGGUCGGGUUGUUGGUCGCUUGUUGGUUUAUUGCCCAUGGGGAGGCGUUGAAGUGGGUGGUGUUGUUUAUUGGGGUGAUGUCGGCGCUUUAUAGUGUUUGGGAUAUUUGCGACGACCUUAUCCUUCGCAAAGUCAACACGUCCGAUGCUAGCCAGUUCGCUAAGAGAUACGGAGGAUCUUCGCAGUGCUGGGGUGUUAUCUGGUCGUUCAUUUCUCUUGCUUUCAUUGCGAUCGCGAUCAUUGCUGCCAUUGCUGCGUUCCGUGAGUCGUUUAGUGAGCAGGAGAAGGAUUCGCAGCAUUUCAUUCCAACUCGGUGAUCGACGGUGUAGCCUGAUUUACGUUUUCUUCUGAUGAGUUAUGAAACGUGGAGUCAUGAUGGGUGAUAGGUCUGAGGCGAGACUAAAGUUUCUCGGUUAAUGUGAUACC